UGAGCAAAUCCAGCCGCGCGUUCUUGGCCGUUGCUUUUUCAUCGGAUCGCGAACGAACAUGGAUUUUGGAUCCAGGACGGCUUCGUCAUUGCAACUCCUUAUUGAUCUUCCUUGUCUUCUUUCAUACCAAUAAAAAGCAUUCUCCCAACACAAUCCUCUCCUCUGCUGUCCACUUUUAAUUUAACUAACUGACAACCUGCACCAUGUCGAGCGGCAAUGAAUCAUGCCCCGCUCCAGGGCCUUCUCUUUGGGAUUCUCCUUGGAUGAUCCUCGCUCAUGUGGUGGUAGUGUCAUUGGCCCUCCUGUACAUUCAGUCUACUCAUUGGGUGUACCAUAUUGCUCUGUGGAUCGAGUACGUGACGACUCCAGUGCCUCUGAUCCAAGUCGAAAUGACAGAUGCCGAAGCCAAAGAUGACGGAGUCACCAGUGAACCUCUGGGUGCGGACGAGGCCAUUUCCAUUUUAGAUCCCAACAAACCCGGUUUCAUCCAAUGCUACGACCCCGCCACCAAACAACACUUGGGCGAAAUGAAGGCCAUGACAGCGGCCGAUGUCCACGAACUCUGCGUCAAGGCCAAAUUGGCACAAGAAAAAUGGGCCAAGACGACCUUUGCGGAACGCCGAUUGGUCUUGCGGACCAUUCAAAAGUACAUUUGUCAUCACGUGCAAGAUAUCUGCCGUGUGGCAUCUCGCGAUUCCGGAAAAGUCAAGGUGGAUGCACUGCUAGGAGAAGUAUUGACCACUUGUGAAAAAAUUAGAACCAUUAAUGAAUGGGGAGAAUUGUGGUUGCAACCUUCCUAUCGACCCACCGGACCCAUGAUGGUGCACAAAUCUGCCCGUGUGGAAUAUGUUCCCUUUGGCAUUAUUGCACCCAUUGCGCCUUGGAAUUAUCCUUUCCACAAUGCCAUUAAUCACAUUAUCAGUGGCAUUUUUGCUGGCAAUGCCGUCGUGGGAAAGGUUUCCGAACAUACUUCGUGGAGUUCCUCCUAUUUUGAUCGCAUCGUCAAACAGGCAUUGAAGGAACACGGACAUGAUCCCAAUCUCGUACAAACUGUCACUGGACUGGGAGAAGCAGGAGCCGCAUUGGUGGCGGAACCCUUGGUCGACAAAAUCAUCUUUACCGGCAGUCCUGCCAUUGGCAAAAAGGUCAUGGAGGGUGCUUCCAAGCAUUUGAAACCGGUCAUUUUGGAAUUGGGUGGCAAGGAUCCCAUGGUUUUCAUGAACGAUGUCGAUCUCAAGCAGGUCGUGCCAUGGGUGAUGCGUGGAUGCUUUCAAAACUGUGGUCAAAAUUGUGUCGGGGUCGAACGAGUCUUUGUCUACGAAGGAGUCUAUGAUGAAUUCGUGGCGCAGGCAGAAGCAAGAGUCAAGACGUUGCGUCAAGGAGGCCCCCUGGAGUGUCGUGGAAACGAUGCCGAUGUCGAUUGUGGUGCCAUGGUAAUGGAUGGUCAAAUGGAUCUCAUUCAGGCUUUGGUGGAUGAUGCCGUGGCCAAGGGUGCCAAGUUGCAUUGCGGUGGCAAAAGAAAUGUAUCGGACGCUUGCAAGGGCGGACAGUUUUAUGAACCCACCAUGCUCAGUGGUGUCACACCCGCCAUGCGAAUCUUCCAGGAGGAAUUGUUUGGUCCCGUCAUGACGGUCAUCAAAGUACCCGACAAUGACGACGCGGAAUGUCUUAAAAUGGUCAACAGCAGCUGCUUUGGUUUGGGAUCGAGUGUCUAUGGUGGUGAUGCCGAACGGGCCCUCAAACUUGGACGUCAGCUCAAGAGUGGAAUGUGUACAAUCAAUGAUUUUGCCAGCAACUAUCUGGUUCAGGCGCUCCCCUUUGGAGGAUGCAAGGAAAGCGGAUUUGGUCGUUUUGCUGGAAUUGAGGGAUUGAAGGCUUUGUGUUUGGAGCGUGCCAUUGUGACGGAUCGUAUCCCUGGUGUCAACACGACAAUCCCACCGGUCAUUGAUUAUCCGAUUGACAAGCAAAAGGGUUUGCCAUUCUGCGAAUGUUUGAUUCAGCUUUUCUACAACGAGAGUAUCGUGGAUAAGAUCAAGGGAAUUGGCGGUCUGAUCAAGUAUGGAUAGGCGAACACGCAACAACUGGAUGACAAUUAUGUGGUGGAUCCUUAUUUGGGCUGGUUUUGCAGUCGAUACCGGUAUGGGAUCAAUGCUACUACAUGCAUAUCAAUCUACAAGUCUGCAGCUAAGAAAAAGGCGCUAGGUUGUAGAGCUUAACUAGCUGACUAGACGGGCCACCUCAUGCUUGCUUUUC